GCAGGGCCGCCCGCCGGGGCGGGGCCGGGGCCGGGCCGGGGCCUCCCCGGGAAGGGGCGGCCGCGUUGCGCCCCCCCAGCCCCGGCCCGGCUGCCGCCGCUCAGCGCCAUGUCCCCGGGCAGCCUUCUCCUCCUCCUCCUCCUCCUCCUCCUCCUCAGCAUCCUGGGGGCCCCGGGGCUGGGCGACCCCGGCCCCCUGGAAGACGUGGUGAUAGACAGAUACUAUAUCCCCCAGAUCUGCCUGCGGGAGGUCCAGAUGGGGGACUUCAUCCGCUACCACUACAAUGGGACCUUUAAAGAUGGCAAAAAGUUUGACUCCAGCUACGACCGAGGGGCCACUGUGGCCGGUGUGGUGGGCGUCGGGCGGCUGAUCACCGGCAUGGACCGGGGCCUGCAGGGCAUGUGCGUGAAUGAGCGGCGUCACCUCAUUGUGCCCCCCCACCUGGGCUACGGCAGCAUCGGCGUGGCGGGGCUGAUCCCCCCAGAUGCUACCUUGUACUUUGAUGUCGUCAUGCUGGACAUCUGGAACAAGAACGACAAGCUGCAGAUCACCACCCUUUCCAAACCCGAGCACUGCAACCGCACGGUGGAGAACUCGGACUUUGUGCGGUACCACUACAACGGCACGCUGCUGGAUGGCACCCCCUUCGACUCCAGCUACAGCAAGGACAGCACCUACGACACCUACGUGGGCACUGGCUGGCUGAUCAAGGGCAUGGACCAGGGGCUGCUGGGCAUGUGCGCCGGGGAGAAGCGGAGCAUCAUCAUCCCCCCGUUCCUUGCCUAUGGGGAGAAGGGCUAUGGAACCGUGAUCCCACCGCAGGCCUCGCUGGUGUUCAGCGUGCUGCUGGUGGACUUCCACAACCCCAAGGACAGCAUCUUCCUCGAGCACCUUGAGGUGCCGGCGUCCUGCAAGCGCAGGGCUGUGACGGGGGACUUUGUCCGCUACCACUACAAUGGCACGCUCAUGGAUGGGACACUCUUCGACUCCAGCUAUUCCCGCAAUCAUACCUACAACACCUACAUCGGGAAGGGCUACAUCAUCCCUGGCAUGGACCAAGGCCUGCAAGGGGUCUGCAUGGGAGAGAGGCGGCGGGUGGUCAUCCCCCCACACCUGGCCUAUGGGGAGAACGGAGCAGGGGACAAAAUUCCUGGCUCAGCUGUGCUUGUCUUCGACGUCCACAUCAUCGACUUCCACAACCCCGCGGACCCGGUGGAGAUUGAGACCGUGUACCGGCCCGAGGGCUGCAACGUCACCACCCGCAACAGAGACUUCGUCCGCUACCACUACAACUGCUCUUUGCUGGAUGGCACCAAGCUCUUCUCCUCCCACGACUACGAGAAGCCGCAGGAGGUGACGCUGGGGGCCAACAAGGUGAUCGAGGGCCUGAACACCGGCCUCCUCAACAUGUGCGCGGGGGAGAGGCGGGUGCUCAUCAUCCCCCCCCACCUGGGCCACGGGGAGAGCGGAGCCCGGGGGGUGCCAGGCAGUGCCGUGCUCCGCUUCGAGGUGGAGCUGAUCUCCAUGGAGGAGGGGGUCCCUGAGGGCUACCUCUUCAUCUGGCACGGGGAGCCGCCGGCGAGCCUCUACGAGCAAAUGGACCUGAACAAGGAUGGGGAGAUCCCUGCUGACGAGUUCUCCACCUUCAUCAAGACCCAGGUGGCGGAAGGGAAAGGCCGCCUCAUGCCCAGCUCCGACCCGGAGAAAGUCAUCGCCGACAUGUUCAGGAACCAGGACCGCAACCAGGACGGGAAGAUCACCUCCGAGGAGCUGAAGCUGAAGUCAGAUGAGGACCAGGAGAAGAUCCACGAAGAGCUCUGAGGAGCGGACCCCACCCUCCCCCGGAGACAGGACUCAGCCCCACCGGCCACCCCGGGAAGCCACCCUGGGAAUCUGCCCCUGCCCCUCCCCAGCCCUGCAGGGGGGCAUAUUUUGGUUUGGAUUUUUUUUUUGACCCUAUUAUUUGAGGUUUUUUUGAUGUGUUCCUCCUGGGCAGGCAGACUCACCAGCCCCCAGCUAAUAAACCCAGGCAAGAAGGUGGGAAGCACCCACAUUUGUAGGAGCCUCGAUACCCCAUGGGGAUGGCAGGGCCCGCGUUUCCUCGCGCUGCCGUCCCCUUGCACUCCCCGGCUCUGCAGACGAGCAGGACUGAGGAUGCCAGGGCCAGACCCUGGAGCCCUGCCCUGCCGCCAAACCCCGCUUCGACCCCUGCUCUCAGCUCCCCACGGAAGGGCCGGGCAGCAGCGUCCCCUCCCUGAGCCCUUCAUCCUUCGUCCUCAGCCAGUGACUGCACGUCCCGCUCCAGCCUCGCCUGCCCACGCUGCCUCCUCCCCUCCCUUUCUACCACUGCAUUUUGUAGUUUAGGGUUGGGGUGGGUUUUUUCUAUAUACACAUAUAAAAUUUUUUAAAGGGGAGGAGCAAUAAAAAGAAGCCUUUUGUGCUGGUCUCUGCUGCUGGCCCAGCCUCUGCUCCCCUGCACCAUCCUCCCCGCGAUGAAAGGCUGGAGGGGGAUCAGGUUCCCAGGGCAAAGCCCCGAUACCCCACAGCCAUCACCAUUCCAGAAAGCCUGGGCCCCCCCGAGACAGCUGGGGUGGGACCUGGCAAACCCCUUGUCACCUGGGAGGAGGAAAACAGAAAGCCUCUGCCACCCAGGCCCUCAGGGAGCAGCAUCGUCCCCAUCUGCAUCCUCCCCGCCACAACAGCCCUUAGUGAUUGAGGAAAAUCAGCCCAAUUUUGAUGCCUAAAUGCAGCUAAUUAACUUGGUGCUCUCAGGUUUGCCAGUCGUGACCAGCAUGGCUCCAUCGCCUCCCACCAGCUCUAAAAGCUUUUGCACAGUGUGUCUUGCAGAUGGAGAUAAAGGAAAUGCAAGAACGGAACAGUGCCAAGGGUCGGAGCAAAGCCCGUAAAUGAUGACUUCUACCGUGCACCAAAUAAAUAAUUUCUACUGGUU